AUAAAAUACACACGAUCUCAAUCAUCGUUGCAUUAAAUUGCAUAAUAUACUGACUAACAAAUGGAAUUCACCCUAUACCAUGUAGUAUAUACUUCUAUAAAUAGAUGUUAAAGCAAAACCAACACAAAAAAGAAAAGCCUCCCAAAAUCUGAGACAACUAAAAACCUCUUAUUCCUCAAUCUGUAAUAACUCCGGCAUAUCGUAGCCGGCGAUGGAUUCCGUCAACUCCUUCAAAGGCUACGGCAAGGUAGACGAGCUCGAAGAAGCCGCAUUCAGAAGAAAAUCGCGAAAACGUGCAAUCAUCCUCUCCAUUUCGCUACUUCUACUAGUCCUUCUCAUAAUCGGAAUCGUAGCCGGAACUUUGGCUCACAAAAAUAGCAAGAAAGAUUCCGGCGACGUCGCGGCGGCUCAGGUGGCGGCCGUCAAGUCCAUCUGCGGCGUCACUCAGUUUAAGGAGUCAUGCAUCGCGAGUUUGGAGUCCUCAAACUCAACAAAUCCGGCAAAAAUCUUCGAGGUUUCGUUAAUGGUGGUGAUGGAUUCUCUGAAGAAAAUCGCUAAUUUUCCCAGCCUUUACGCCAACAGGACGGAGAACAAGCUGGAGAAAGAAGCCCUAAACGUCUGCGGCGCGGUGCUAAACGACGCCGUCGAGUCGCUCAACGACACGAUCUCCGCCGUGCACGGCGGCGGGAAGCUGGCCUCCCGCAUCGACGACCUGCGGACGUGGCUGAGCGCCACCGCCACGGACCAGGAGACGUGCCUCGACGCGCUGGAGGAGGCGAACGCCACCAUCACCGACGAAAUCAGGCUGCUGAUGAAGAACUCGACGGAGUUCGCGAGCAACAGCUUGGCCAUCGCCACGAAGAUCGUUGCCGUGAUUGGGGAUUUUAAGAUUCCGGUUAGGAGGCGGCUGCUGGGGGAGUCGGGAUUCCCGGAGUGGGUGAGGGCGGGGGACAGGCGGCUGCUGCAGGAGAUCCGGCCGACGCCGAACGUGACGGUGGCGGCGGACGGCAGCGGGGAUGUGAAGAGCGUGGCGGAGGCGGUGGCUCGGGUGCCGAAGAAGAGCGCGGCGAGGUUUGUGAUAUACGUGAAGGCCGGAGAAUACGUGGAGCAUAUCGACAUGGACAAAUCUUGCUGGAAUGUCAUGAUUUACGGCGACGGCAAAGGCGUCACCAUUAUUUCCGGCAGCAGGAAUUUCGUCGACGGAACUCCGACUUUCUCCACGGCGACGUUUGCAAUCGCCGGAAAAGGAUUCAUUGCUCGGGACAUGACGUUCAAGAACACGGCCGGGGCUGAGAAGCACCAGGCCGUGGCCUUCCGGUCGGGGUCGGACGAGUCGGUCUACUACCGGUGCUCGUUCGACGCCUUCCAAGACACCCUCUACGCACACUCCAACCGCCAAUUCUACCGCGACUGCGACGUCACGGGCACCAUCGACUUCAUCUUCGGCAACGCCGGGGUGGUGUUCCAAGGCUGCAACAUUCAGCCUAGGCAGCCCAUGCCCAAUCAGUUUGUCACAAUCACUGCCCAGGGGAAGAAGGAUCCGAAUCAGAACACUGGGAUUUCCAUCCAACGCUCUACGAUUAGCCCACUGGGCACCCUCACAGCCCAAACGUAUCUGGGCCGUCCCUGGAAAGAUUUCUCAACUACAGUUAUAAUGGAAACUAGCAUUGCUGCUGGAUUCUUGAAUCCCAAGGGCUGGAUUUCGUGGGUUGCAGAUGUGGAUCCACCCGCCUCCAUUUUCUACGGAGAGUAUCACAAUACGGGUUUGGGUUCGGAUACGGCCAAUCGGGUCACGUGGGCUGGAUAUAAGCCCGCGAUGACCCCGGCCGAGGCCUCCAAAUAUAAUGUGGAGUCCUUGAUUCAAGGACCAUCUUGGUUGCCUGCAACGAAUGUGGCCUUUCAAUCAACUUAGCUGCUCGAUUUACACGUGUCAAAUAGACCUUAAUUUUUCAUAUACAUACAUGUCCUUUGAAAUACUACUAUAUUAAUUUUCUUUGUAAAACUCCACAUUCUUCCUUCUUUUUUUCAAAUUUAUUAUUUGUGGUUCA